CCCUUAGUAGAAUUUGUGCUUCAUUUGUCUUAAUUAGUUUUAUUUUAUGUCUUUCAGCUUUUAUUUUGUGAUUGGGAUUUGUUGAUCAAAGAUGGCACGUGGAAGAAGCAGUGUUGGAAAGGAGAAGGAAAAGGAGAAGGAUAAAGACCGUGAACCAGAUCCAAAGUAUGCUCUGUGGAUAAUCGCUGCUAUAGGCAAGGUCAAGGGACAGAAGCAACGGCCAAGCGAGGACCGUAUUGCUCAUAUUCUUCAACAUGUUUAUGGCUUAGACCCGCAGGUGGCUUUGGAACAACUUGAGCUGUGUGUGAAAACAGGGAGAGUUCUAAAGGUAGUUUUUAAAGACAAAGCCUCGUAUAAGGACCCUGCUAAAGUACCUCAUCAUAUACGAGGAACUGUUGAAAGACCCUUAGACUUCCUGGAGUUUAUUAAGGAAGCUCUUGAGAAUGUAGGAGAUGAAAAUGGAUGCACACAGCAAGCUAUUCAUAGUUAUGUUGUUGAUCGUCAUGCUGCAAGUUUAGAAUCUCCUAGUAAUACACAAAUACGGAUCAAAGAGUCACUUAAGAAAGGACUUGCCUCUGAGGUUUUGAUCAAGGAAGGAAGAUAUUACAGACUUGCAUCACCUCCCAAGGUUUGUAUUGUGUGAGAGAUUUAAAUUUAUCAAACUGUAAUUCUAUGUACUCUUUAUAAUAAUUUUAGCGCUAAAGUAGUGUACAUCACCUUUGGCACCAGGUAGGUAUAUAUUGCUCUUAAAGUAACUCAUAAUCAUUAUUUCUUGUAAAUUUUAUAUCAGCUUAAGUGAGUAACUGU